AUGCUUAUCCUCAAUCCAUUGGCUCUUCUCCCUCUUCUCUCCGUCCUAAUAACACCAACCCUUUCUCAAAAGCUAACGAUAACAAUCACUCCCUCAACGCAUUUGCCGAACCCUCACGCCCUCCCCGCCGACACGCACGCAACCCUCACCUCCGCAGCCCUGAGUGCCCCUUUAAAGGCGCCCCUCACAAGCUCCGCAACGUUUGUCUUUCCUAGCCUUAAUUCCUCUACCGCCUCCGAGUACAAGAUACCGCACAAGGACGACAUUUCCGGCUCAUACCUGCUCGAUAUCCGGUCAUCAGAGUAUGUAUUUGCGCCGCUGAGGGUUGAUGUCGAUGCGUCGGGGUUUGUGGUGGGUGUCUGGGAGACAUUUCGCGGGAAUGAGUGGGGAAACCGUGGGGUUGAAAAGUUUAGAGUUGCGGGUGACACUGGAUCGAAGGAGGAUGUCGUCGUUGAUGUGAAGGUUAUGGGGAGGAAGGGGUUUUACGAGGCCAGGCAGACUUUCUCGCCAUUGUCUCUUCUCAAGAACCCGAUGAUUUUGCUUGCUCUCGUCGCGCUGGGUUUCACUUUUGGCAUGCCGAAGCUUAUGGAGAAUAUGGAUCCCGAAAUGCGCGCCGAAUUCGAAAAACAAUCCCGGUCCUCACCGAUCUCAGGAGCCCAGAGCGCGAUGGCGGGCGGUGGCGCUGGAAACUUUGAUCUCGCGGGGUGGAUGGCUGGCGCGGCUCCGAGAGGUGCGACCCCCGUUUCUGGUGCUGGUGCUGGUGCGGCGAGCGCAAGGGAGCAAAGAGGCGGUGCAAGGAGGAGGUGA